AUGAAAGGGUCGCAUCGGGAGCCGAGAGAAUUAAUGAGAAGAUGGGCAGGAGUCGCUGCAUUCGAGCUUGAAGCACUGGUUCAUCAUGGCCAGGGUGAACUUGGCCUCGGCGUCGCUUCUCUCUCCUGGCAUGUGGCCGAAUCAUUACUCACCUCCGCGAUGCCGAACCAGCAGGCCUUUUUGCAGCACACGCAUGGCAUGCCAGCCUCCUCCUGUGGGGUGCACACGUUUGGCAUGAUGGAUGAAGCCGCAUCAGCUAGAAGAGGUGAAGCUCUCCCGACCACGCCCAUCGGCGCCGAGAAGCUCCUCCCAUUUUUGGGUGGAGCAUGA